AUCAGGCAUUGCGGCCAUAGUCAUGCAGUGCAAGCUCAGAAAUCAAGAGCAACCGGCUUAGAAUAGAGUUGAUAUUACAAUUAAAAAAAUUAGACCAACAAAUAUCAAUGAGGAUUUCAUAACACAGUAAGUAUGUGUCAUCGAAUUAAUGAUGUCAUGAAGCUGUGUUGUGAGUUAUCUGCCAAUCAGCAAAUCCAGACCACAGUGAAAAGCUCGGGGAAGGGGGCAGCAGCAGCUGGGGGACUGGCCUUUGCUGGAGGGUUAGUUGGAGGCCCUCUCGGUAUUGCAAUGGGCGGUGCUGUCGGAGGCCUCCUGGGCUGCUGGUUGACCAGUGGACAGUUCAAACCGCUGCCUCAGAUCAUCAUGGAGCUCAGUCCUCAGCAGCAGCAGAAGCUUUAUGGUGACCUCAUGGCCAUCCUGGGGGACAUUCAGUGGACAGACGUGGCUCAGCUAACUGCUCUAGUGGCGGGCAACACCACCCUGAAGCAUCAGCUCACAGUCGCCCUACUCGGGUAUAUAACCAAGGAGCUGCAGGCGGAGGUGCACUAUGUGGACUAGUGUAACCUGAUUUGGGGAUUGAGUCCUUGAAAAGAACUGUUUUUAUGAAGCUGAAAGACUCAUUAACAAAUGUGAAAAUUGUAAAAUUGCACAGACAUCAUCACAGUCGUCCUUGUUACAUGUUACACCAGAUAAUAAGGUUGUAACACUGGAUUUAUUUAUCUCAUCUGUUGAGGGAAGUAUUUAUUAAUUAGGCCUAUAGUGGCACUCAUAAUCAUGGUUCAGCUACACUGAUUUUAAUAUUUAAAUACAAAGCAUGAUGCACUGAAUGAGCGCCAACUGUACAGUGUGAAAUAUUUUGAUUUGAUUGUAAUUUAUUAAGUGAAAGCAAUCGCAAUUCA